AGCCACUGCACUCCAGCCUGGGCAAAAAGAGCAAAACUCUAUCUCAAAACAGGGAGACUUCUGGGGACUCACGGAGCCCCCAUGUUCCAGGCCCCACACUGAGGGACUAACAUUAUUCUCAUGGGCCAUUGACCAUUAGCAUGAGCUGUUCCCACAUCUGCAUUAGCCCUGCUCCCGGAUGAGGCUGCAGCACUAAUUCCAUUGUGUUUCCUGGUAGCUCAGAAAGAACAAAUUUUCUAGUUAAUCACUGGCUGUAAAAUCAUCCUACCCUGACUUUCAUGAAAAACCAUGAAAAAGGCUGUACUGGAAAAGUGGGAUUCUGCUGGUUUGUUUCCGCAGGUCUCUGAAAAGAUCUUUUUAAGCUUGCAAAAGUUCAAAGAGAGCCCUCUUCCCCAAUUUUCAAAUCAGAUGGAUUGCCAGAUUGAGGUGUUGUAUUUCUCUUGGGGUUUCAUACACUCCUGGCACGUAACUACAAGGGGCCCAGGUUCUGUAGUCUGGGAAGCAUCGUGAAAGGAGAAGAGGCUGGAGAAAUAGAUCACUAAGAUAAAAACGAGUGCCAGUUUGGAGCCACCGUUGUCUGUGGGAACCACACAUCUUGCCACAACACCCCCGGGGGCUUCUAUUGCAUUUGCCUGGAAGGAUAUCGAGCCACAAACAACAACAAGACAUUCAUUCCCAACGAUGGCACCUUUUGUACAGACAUAGAUGAGUGUGAAGUUUCUGGCCUGUGCAGGCAUGGAGGGCGAUGCGUGAACACUCCUGGGAGCUUUGAAUGUUACUGUAUGGAUGGAUACUUGCUGAGGAAUGGGUCUGAGCCUUUCCACCCGACCAUCGAUGCCACAUCAUGCACAGAGAUCAACUGUGGCAACCCUCCAGAAAUGCGGCAUGCCAUCUUGGUAGAAAAUCACAGCUCCAGGCUGGGUGGUGUGGCUCACUACAUCUGUCAGGAGGGCUUUGAGAGCCCUGGAGGAAAGAUCACUUCUGUUUGCACAGAGAAAGGCACCUGGAGAGAAAGCACUUUAACAUGCACAGAAAUUCUGACAAAAAUUAAUGAUGUAUCAGUGUUUAAUGAUACCUGUGUGAGAUGGCAAAUGAACUCAGAAAGAAUAAACUCCAAGAUUGUAUAUGUGAUAUCCGUAAAAGGACAACGGUUGGACGCUAUAGAAUCAGUUCAUGAGGAGACAGUCAAGUUGACCACAGACAGCAGGACCCCAGAAGUGUGCCUCGCCUUGUAUCCAGGCACCAACUACACCGUGCACAUCUCCAUAGCACCUCCCAGGCGCUCUGUGCCAGCCGUCAUUGGUUUCCAGACAGCUGAAGAUGAUAUCUUAGAAGAUGAUGGAAUGUUCAAUAUUUCAAUAUUUAAUGAAACUUGUUUGAAAUUGAACAGGCAUUCUAGGAAAAUUGGAUCAGAAUACAUGUACCAAUUUACCGUUCUGGGUCAGAGGUGGUAUCUGGAUAACUUUUCUCAUGCAACAUCGUUUAACUUCACAACGAGGGAACGAGUGCCUGUAGUAUGUUUGAAUUUGUACCCUACGACUGAUUAUACGGUGAAUGUGAGCCUACUGAGAUCUCCUAAGCCGCACUCAGUGCAAAUAACCAUAGCAACUCCCCCAGCAGUAAAACAGACCAUCAGUAACAUUUCAGGAUUUAAUGAAACUUGCUUGAGAUGGAAUAUCAUCAAGAAAGUUGACAUGGAGGAGAUGUAUUUAUUCCACAUUUGGGGCCAGAGAUGGUAUCAGAAGGAAUUUGUUCGGGAAAUGACCUUUAACAUCAGCACCAGCAGCCAAGAUCCUGAGGUGUGCUUGGAACUGCAUCCGGGGACCAACUACAAUGUCAGUCUCCGGGCUUUGUCUUCGGAAUUUCCUGUGGUCAUCUCCCUGACAACCCAGAUAACAGAGCCUCCCCUUCCAGAAGUAGAAUUUUUUAUGGUGCACAGAGGACCUCUACCACGCCUCAGACUGAGGAAAGCCAAGGAGAAAAAUGGACCAAUCAGUUCAUAUCAGGUAUUAGUGCUUCCCCUGGCCCUCCAAAGCGCAUUUUCUUGUGAUUCUGAAGGCGCUUCCUCCUUCUUCAGUAACACCUCUGAUGCUGAUGGAUACGUGGCUGCAGAACUACUGGCCAAAGAUGUUCCAGAUGAUGCCAUGGAGAUACCUAUAGGAGACAGACUGUACUAUGGGCACUAUUAUAAUGCACCCUUGAAAACAGGGAAGGAUUACUGCAUUAUAUUACGAAUCACAAGUGAAUGGAAUAAGGUGAGAAGACACUCCUGUGCAGUUUGGGCUCAGGUGAAAGGUAAAAUUACUUUCUGUCUACAAAUGCUGUCCUUCUUUCUUCUUUGCAGCAUCAAGUUCAUAUUGAUGAGAUCUGUUUUUAAAAUUGUCACUGGUGACCAGAACCCAAUUCAUACUACCUUAAGCAAAAAGCUUCAUAGCUGAAAAAGGUUGGAGGAGGGUGAGUGGAUGGGAGCUUAUAGAAUUAAGAGCUACUCCACCAAGGCUCUGGGAACUGGGCCUGGGGACUCAACACUGUGAGUGGGACUUCUCUUUCUAUCUUUCUCUUAUUUCAGUUCUGUUUUUAAGCGUGACUUGGCUUCGUUUCCUUCUACAACAAGGCAUAUGAGAGGGAGGGAUGGCAAGCUUCCCCAGCUUUGCAAUUUCACUGGGAACACAUAGCUUUUCAAUUCAGGGAAAGGUGCUUUCUUCCUAGGUUUAGUGACUGUCCAUUGGAUGAAUCACUGUUAAUAGGAGGAAGGCUAGGAUGAUCGGCCUCCCUUGGGUUUUAUGCCUCCUCAUGGCUGGUUGGAGGCAGAGCAAUGUGACCAAUACGUUCACUAGGGUUGAAUCGAGAGGGAGACAGAAUCCCCAUCAAGAAGUGGAGCCCAGGAAAAGAUGCUGAAAGACCAGUACAAGGGCUACAACAGUCCAUUACCAUUUGGCUGCGUAGCUUGUGCACAUACACAUAUAAUAUUGAGAAAAACAUCUUCCCUUAACAAAAUGGAACUAUCCCAUGUACAAUCUCACAUGGAACCCUGGUGGAAAACAACUCAAAGCUGGGUGUGUUACUGCAUCCAGCUCCAAGACCAGGAAUCCUGGGGAUAGCAUGUUCCUCUUGAUCAAGUCCAGAUGUGUUUCUUGUGCUUGUAAGUAAUCUAUGACUAAAUGGCAAAUUUAACCAACCUCAAACCACAGUAUAUAAUAUGAGAGGGAAAACUGAAUAACACAAUAAAUACUCUAAUUUAGAAAGAAGGAAAAGAUAAUGUGUAGUGGUCAGGGGGGCUAUAGCAAUGAUCACCUCUUGCUGGCCAGGAGAAGCAAGCAUCCUCUGCCCUGGCAGCAGAAUGGGUCACUUGGGUGGUCAGUUUGGGUCUGCCUGAUGGUACCCCUUGUCCAUUUCCUCCAAAGCCUUUCCUAAGAGAUGCAGGGGAACAUCUUUACUGAGUGCUGUACAGCUUAAACCUUCUUUGCUUUGGAAGAGUUAUUCAGGCGGGGAAAUUGCCUUAGGGUUUGAGCAAUCACAGGUCUUUGUUUUCCAGGCUAGGGAUUUCCCUGGCAGUAUGGGUACAUUUCUUUAAAACCAACAGGCAGGCAGCCAGUGGAUUUGAUUCCCAGGAAUUCCAUUCGUUUGUAGCUAAUACCAGAAAUUUGUCCCGUUUAUGACCUUGGAAUCUGGACCUUUUCCGUGUGGUUUAUGAGUCCUAGCAACAGGCUGAGAAAUUCUGCCCUUCGCCCACAGUAUCAGUUUAACCCUUUACAUCCUUUCCCCUGCUUCAGAGCAGCAUACAACAAUCAACUGGCAUGGUGAGGAAGUGCCGGUGUAAACUUCCUUCCCUAAGGAUUCCAGUGGAUAGCACUUUCUAAUGGGGGAUUUUUUAAUCCUGUAAAUAGAGAAUACUGUGCAGGGGGCUGGGUAAUUAGGCUUCUUCUAUUUGUCUGCUUCUCUCCUAAUCUAAUUUUCAUCUUUUUACCUCUGCUCAAACCAACUGCAACAAGGGUAGAGGACUUGGCUUUUCAGCAGGGUGCAAGGCCAUGACCGUUGGCCAUCUUGGGUUGCUGAUUACCUGGCAGCAAGGGCCUCUCUUGGCAAAGAUGGGUGCUGUGCAGUUUCUGUGUGCAGAUGGGCCAAGCUCCCUUUACUUGUAGGACUUUAAUAAGGGCCACAAGAAACAGCCACACAAUUCAACAUUCAUAUAUAUAUAUAUAUA